GCAUUUUUUUCAGCGGGCGGUUAUCCCGAAAUCCUGCCGCUUCCUUCACGUCAUUCCUGUCUCAUAUUUACACACAGAGUCGAGCUGCAAACCUCUGUGUGUGUAAUUAAAUAAACACUCUUAUCAUACUUAUAACACAGCAUGAUGAGCAUGGCCUCCACAUCGAGCGAGAAGAUAUCAGGAGGACCCAAAAAGAAAAGCGAGAAGAAGAUUGCGUCCAAAGAGGAGUACAGGUUAUUGUCCAACAUCAUGGGAGUGAUGAAUAACUUGAGAAAACAGGGAAUCCUGUGUGACGUGAUUCUGGUGGUGCAGGGGAAGCACAUCCUGGCACACAGAGUGGUGCUGGCCGCCGCGAGCCACUUCUUCAACCUCAUGUUCACAUCGAGUAUGAUGGAGGCCACCAAUCACGAGGUGGAGCUUGGUGGAGCCGAACCGGAGAUCAUCGAGCUGCUGGUGGAGUUCGUCUACACGGCUCGCAUCUCAGUGAACAGUAAUAAUGUUCAGUCCCUGCUGAACGCCGCUAACCAGUACCAGAUUGAACCGGUCAAGAAAAUGUGUGUGGACUUCCUGAAGGAGCAGGUGGACCCCACCAACUGUCUGGGCAUCAGUGCAUUGGCCGAGUGUCUGAACUGUCCUGAGCUGAAGGUGGCAGCUGAUGAUUUCAUCCACCAGCACUUCACAGACGUCUACAAGAUGGACGAGUUUCUCCAGCUGGACGUGAAGCAGGUGACACACCUGCUCCAGCAGGACACGCUGACCGUCCGAGCAGAAGACCAGAUCUACGACGCCGCGGUGCGGUGGCUGAAGUACGACGUCCUGAAUCGACAGCAGUACAUGGUAGACAUUCUGGGGAAGGUUCGAUUCCCCCUCGUGUCCAAAAACUUCCUCAGUAAGACCGUUCAAGCCGAACCGCUGAUCCAGGACAACCCCGAGUGCCUGAAAAUGGUCAUCUGUGGGAUGCGUUAUCAUCUUCUGUCUCCAGAGGACCGCGAGGAGCUCGGUGAGAGCAGUCGACCGCGCCGCAAGAAACACGAUUACCGCAUCGCUCUGUUCGGAGGCUCACAGCCGCAGUCCUGCCGCUACUUCAACCCCAAGGAUUACAGUUGGACGGACAUCCGCUGCCCCUUCGAGAAGCGACGGGACGCCGCGUGUGUGUUCUGGGACAAUGUGGUUUAUAUCCUGGGCGGCUCCCAGCUCUUCCCCAUCAAACGCAUGGACUGCUAUAAUGUGGUGAAGGACAGCUGGUACUCCAAGCUGGGACCGCCGAACCCGCGGGACAGCCUGGCCGCCUGCGCCUCCAAAGGGAAGAUCUACACCUCGGGAGGGUCAGAAGUGGGAAGUUCGGCUCUGAAUCUGUUCGAGUGCUACGACACGCGAUCAGAGACGUGGCAGACGAAGCCCAACAUGCUGAUGCCGCGCUGCAGUCACGGCUCGGUGGAGGCUAGCGGCCUCAUCUACGUCUGCGGAGGAAGUCUGGGAAACAACGUGUCCGGAAGAGUCCUCAACGACUGUGAGGUGUACGACCCCAACACUGAAGAGUGGAGGGCUCUCUGUGGGAUGCGCGAGGCCCGUAAGAAUCACGGUCUGGUUGUGGUGAACUCAAGAAUAUACGCCGUCGGCGGGCAGAACACACUCGGCGGGCUGGACUCGGUGGAGUAUUAUGAGAUGGGGAGUAACGAGUGGAAGAUGGCGUCUCCGAUGCCGUGGCGCGGCGUGACGGUGAAGUGUGCAGCCGUGGGCUCCGUCAUCUACGUUCUGGCCGGGUUUCAGGGGGUCGGCCGUCUGGGGCACAUCAUGGAGUAUUACACAGAGACCGACAAAUGGGUGGUUUCCAGUAAAGUCCGAGCGUUUCCCGUCACCAGCUGCCUCAUCUGUCUGGUGGACACCUGCGGCGCUAACGAAGAGGACAUGAAUUCAGCAUCUUCCUCCUCAUCAUCAUCAUCAUCCCUGGUGGAUGGAAGAAUAUAGCGUCGCUAUCAGAGCAUACAGACGAUAUAAAACCACUGGAAACUGGUUCCAAUCUUAGGGUUUUAACAGACAACUUGUGGGUGAAAAUAUCCACAGAUGACCAAUGUUCAUUCUUUGGAAACAUUUGUAUCUCUGCAUUUAGCAGAUUUCGGGGACUAAAAUGCAUUUUAAGUUGGUUUUAGGAAUUUGUGUUUUGAUGUGUUUAUUUUAUGUGUAAACAAAUGUGUAACUUUUAUUUUUUAAAUAAGGAUCAUAUUGUCAUUUUGAUGUUGCAGAACUACAAUAAAACAGGCCAGAAACUUUCUCAAAGUGAA